CUCAGAAAAAAAACAUCUCAGAAAAUGUUAAAUGUUAGGGACGCAUCGUAAUUACAUGUUCCGAUAUCUUAGAAGUAUCACAUAAGUCUAUCGAGUUCGACUACAGCUAUUCUGGAUUUGUUUUUAAAUGACAUCAAGGUGUUAUGCUUGACGCCAAAAAUAACUUUAUCGUUAAGUUAUUUUUAGCUUGCAUAGAUUAGUUAUUUAUAAACCGGAGGCCGAUUGAACAUCAGUAACAACAAUGUCUUCUUCAGGUGUGGUUUUGAGCCAAGAAGAACAGAAUCAGAUUAAAGCUGUUCUUUAUGGACAGUGUAUAGGUGAUGCCAUUGGACUGUUGACAGAAUUUCUGACCAAGGAAGAAGCUAAAACUUAUUAUGAGAAAGUAAAGAAGAAUUUGGAAUACAAGCAUAAAGCCAUUGUGUGCGAUGUUCACAGGAAUAGAUGGAAGGAGGGAGACUGGACAGAUGAUUCUGACCAAAUGCUGAUGAUUCUUAUGUCUAUCACUGAUAACAAAGGAAAGGUAGACUAUAAAGACAUUGCUCGUAGGAUCAAGAACUGGAUGAAACAUGGUAUUCCAGAGCUGGGGGACUUUGGCGGACUAGGGCUUGGUAGAACUACAGCUACUGUUCUUCACCAAAAAAACUAUGAGGAUGACCCACAUGCACGUGCUGAACAUGUGUGGAGGUCGAGUCAGUGUAAUAUCGCCCCUAACGGUGGGGUCAUGAGAACCUCUGUUGUUGGCACCCACAGGUUCCGGGACUUGGAGGAAGUGGCCAAAAAUGCUUCUGACAUAGCCAGAGUAACACACCAUGAUCACAGAUGUCAGGCCUCAGCUGUGGCUGUGUCUGUUGCUAUAGCAAUGAUGUUACAGAGAAAUGAAAAACAUGUGGACAGGAAAGGUCAUUACAAAGUUGACCAAAUUAUCAAGGACACUUAUGACAUUGCUGUUAAAUACAUAGAAAUUGAGGAACAGAAGCAAGAGUUGUUAACCUUUUUAAAGUGUAAAGACAUCAAACAACUAAAGCUCUGUGAACCUGGAAAGAUUGGCUACACAUUCAAGUCAAUGGGAUGUGGAUUCUGGGGAUUGAAACAGAAUGAUUUCCGAAAAGCGAUCACCAAAAUUGUAAUGCAGGGCGGGGAUGCAGACUCCAAUGCAUGUGUUGCAGGAGCAUUGCUGGGAUGUAAACUAGGAUUAGACGCUAUCCCUUCAUCAUGGAAGGAUGGUUUGUUGCACAAAGAGUGGUUAGACCAACAGAUAUCUAGGUACCUCAGAAUGACAAAUGGAGAGGAAGUAGAAAGCAAGGAUGCAGGUCCAAAUCCAGGGCCAUCAGAAACUGUGUGACAAAUUUUAUAUGAACGCAAUGGAAAAAAAUUCUGUCAGAUAAUCAAAUAUAUGAACUUGACUGUUAUUUAAAGUACAACUUAACUUAUCCUCCUUUUUAACCGGGUAUUCCAAAUGAAAUUUGGUUAUUGAAAUUGUGAAAAUGGCGGGCAGGCAGGCGGCUGCCAAAAGGGUACCCAAAUUGUACAGAUAAGUCCUCCUACAGUUUUCAAGAUAGGAAGUUGUUGUUUUGGAUAUCAAUUUUACAUAUAUCAGAGAUAUAUUACUUGGAUUUUAAUUUUAAUUUUUAAUAAUUUAUGAAAAAAAUGCUACCUGUUGACCUUAUUUAUUUUUUGGGCAGAAUAUUGCAUAAAGGGUACUUCAUUUCUCUGGAUAGGUAUUGUUUAUCAUUUCAAGGUUGACAGAUGGAUUAUGGAUACUGUUCACAAAAAAGGAAAUCCUGUUUGCUGUCACAUUGACAGCUUUUCACUUGUUACAUAGUUGAAACAAGAAGAUGAUCCUAAAAAAUAUCAAUGGAUCAUUACCUUCACCUUUUUAAGGUCAUUUCUUAUCAGUCAAAGUUUAGGUAUCGAUUAGCAUUAACGGUUUUCAGGGCCAAUAACUUAAAACCAAAUAUUGCCUCAAAGAAAUAUGAUCGUUACUUAGGCAAUGUCCCUAAAUCUGGACUCAAUCAGGUCUUACUCAGUGACUCACUAAGACAUUAUGCUCAGACAAUUAUCCAUGUCUGAGGUCAAGGUUACAGCUAUUCCAUUAAUACCAUUACGCAUUCUGAGAUUAUAUUGCUUGCAUGGCAUUAUAGAUACUGUUUGAUGAUAUUCUGUUUGAUAUAUACAUGUACUAUACAAAUUAUUCUCUUUGACUUACCCUUCUUGAUUUUUCAUACUAGAAUAUUUUUUAAAAUACAUGUUAUUCAUAGGUGUUUAUUUUGAUACAUGUUUUUAUAUAUAUUUAGAUAAUAUCUUUAAUUUUAUACAUUUUUAACAUUCUUUUAUGAAGUACAUGUAAUGCUUGUAAUUUUUAUUUUUCGUUUCAGUUACUUUGUGCAUUUAUUGUCUGAUAUACAUUUACUGUUAUAUGUUAAUUGUUACAGCAUUAUUAUUGCUACUAGAUUGAA